GGCGACCUGAGAGAAAACCAGACGAGCGGCUAUGCGUACAAGUGCGUUUCGCAUGUAUUAUGGCUUUUGUGACGACACAAGUACGCGAUUACUACGCGGGAUUCUUAAGUCGCUUCGCAACCACGUUGCAUAAAAACAAACAGAAAACAGCCGAGAUCUCUGUUCUUGUUUAGCGUUUGUUCGUUACACAAGGAUUUCUCUUGGCAGCGCGUUUUCGGAUGCGAUCAAAGAGAUUUUUUUGCGGUAUUCGUCUUGAGACAAUACUUAUUGACAAUGAUAACAGUGCUACGUAUAGCUGAGGAGCUGGUGUCGGUGGAUUACCGCAAGUGGUUUUCCAGCGGAUGGUUGCCCCCAUCUGAUCGGUUGUUGAGCCUGGGGCCGGUACGUACCGAUUCACCACCCCUGCUUCCUCCAUUACUUGAUGAACUGAGGAAGGGGUUAGCCCCGGAAAAAUCUGGGCUAUCUAAUGUCCCUAACUUGGUCGAAAGGUUGCGACCAAUGCUAGAAGAUCUUCUUGAGAACUCUGCUGUUCCACUCAAAGAUCAAGGAGAAGCGAAAACUGUUGCACCCGUUCCUGGUAGUGACAGUGGAAAUCUCUCUGAUGAGAAAGAAGCGAAACCUCCGUGGACUAGCCUGACUGAAAGGCCAACAAAUGAUGGAAAAAGUGAGAGUAGGGUCGCCUCCCACGAUCAGCCAGUGUACCAGGGCCAGAAUCCAUCAGGCAAGUUCUCCCCCGAUCAUCAAGAGGACAGUGUCCAGCUCAUCCCUGCUACUGAGGUUGGUGAAAACUCCUCAGGAGGUAGUGAUAGACAGUCCGAGGACCAGGAAGCCUGUGAUGCUGAUGACGAAGAGUUGAAGGAGGCAUCUCCGCAUCGUGCACUUCACCUCCAAACGAAGGAGGAUAGCAGUGAGCAGGAGUCAACUGUAAGAAAAGCACUUGAAGCCAAGAUGCCACAGCCAUCGCACCUCAGAGGAGGGCAUGUGGCAGCCACAACUCCAAAGCCAGCAGAUAACCUUGAAUCCAAGCUAUCGAUUUCAUCUCCAAGAAGAACGCCAUCUUCUUCUGCGGACUCUUCUACGAGCUCGGUCUUAGAGAAGGGGAGGGAAGUACCAGCGGAUCCAGGGGUUUCACGGGGAGAUUUUCAAGGAAACAGCGAAACAUUAAGAGAGACCGUGCCUUCUGUGCUACUGUCGUCAUCGAGCGAAGACAAUGAAGACUACCGCGUUGAUGACGAAGAUUUGAAGGAUGAGAAAAACUCCUCAUUGUCUACACAUCGUAGAAAUCAGCUCUCGAGCGGGGAGGAGAGUUUCAAACAGGAGUCAACCGUAAGAGAGUUCAGGAAACCAGCUGAAGCCAAGAUGGCAGCGCCUUCGCAAUUCAGAAGAUCAUCGUCUUCUUUGACCGACUCUUCUAUAAGCUCGUCCUCGAGGGAGGCAAAGGAAAUAACUGUUAAACGAAGACCACAAGAUCAUCAGGAAGAUACAAACCAGAAGACCGUUCGGAAAAUCAUGCAGAAAGUUGAAGCCAUGACCGCACAAGAUAACAGUGGAGAGAGUGGCCCUGAACCAAAGUGGCGGAAGUCAGUCCAGGCGCCGCAGCCACCGCCUAUCAAUCAGUCGACGCCACCAGUCGCAUCACCAAGAAGAAUAUCGCCACAAGUACCUCCCACGGACUCUUCUGCAACUUCUUCAUCAGAGACGAAGAAGACGUCAACUAGACUGGGCUCCAGAUCACAAGAUCAUCUGGAUAUUUCAGAACGGAAGACUGUCCGUGAGAUUAUGCAAAAGGUUCACGCCAUGACGGCACAGGCGAACAGUGGCAACAAUGGGCCUGAACCAAUGUGGCUCCAAGCACUACGACAUGCUGAGAAGAUGCGUCAAGCAACUCAGCCAGUGCUUGAUCAACAGUUGCCUCCUCCAACCCCACCCAAGCCACCUACACUGCUUCCUACGCAUGCCUUCGCGUGUCCAUCACCGGUUCAGGCUGGACAAAGCACAGCUACCCUGGUUCCGGGAUUAAAACCCAUUGGACAUGAGAGGAAUGCUUGUACCAAGAGGCACAGUAGGCCUGCCUCGGCAGUCAUUAACACGGUCGAUACCAUCUUGCCCCUGCCACUGGCAACAAGUGGAGGAAAUAUCCAGCAGGCCGGACAACCCCCCCUGUGUGUGGUACCCAGGCUUAGCCAGCAGGUUACUACUGGACCGCAACGCACGCCCCCUCAUCAGCAGCAAGCAGUCCAGCAACCAACCCCUCAACCAGCAGUCAAAGCUAAGAGGAGACCGAUGAAUCCUGCGAAGAGCCCAAUGGAUAUCAAUCCUCGUAAGCGACAAAAGCAGGUGUCACCAACUUCAACCAGUGGGCUGGGAGGAGCUUGUGCCUCGUCAAGCCCUUCUCCUCUACCUGCCGAAUCUUCAAUCAUCCCUGUGCUCUUGGAGAUUGAGCUAGAGGACUCCAGACACCUACGCAGCGUGGUGGACUAUCCCCCAGCUAAACUCACCAAGCUGGGAUGGAUCAACAUAUGCCUCGAUAUAUCGAGGGGACUUCACGCUUUGCAUCAAGCUGGAUGGUCACAUAAUGACCUUCACACUCGCAACAUCAUGGUAUGGCGAGACCCAAGCAACAAGUCGGACGGAAACUGGGGUGCCAAGAUAAUUGACUUGGGGAUGGCUACGAGGAUAGACAACCCACCUCCUCCCUUCCAGUACAGCAUUGAGGAAAAGGCAAACUGUUACAGGAACUGUAUGCAACUAGCUCCAGAGCUGAUUGAGGGCACCUGUCAGUACGGAGUCCAAACGGACGUCUACAGUUUGGGUUACGUAUUCAGCGUCGUCUCCUUCCAAAAGCCAGAACUGGGGGUGGUCGACUCCAUUUAUUGUCAGUGUCGUCGAGUGCCGAAGGAUCGGCCAACGAUGGAAUCAAUUGUCCAUGAUUUGGAGAGACUCCGCUGUGAUGUAGUGAAAGAGGCUAUGGCAGAUAUCCGAAAAAGGCUGAAUAGGUUAUCGAAGUUGGCCCAGGCAGCAAAAUGUCGUAAUUGAUAAAAUGUAAGGCUGCAAACCCUAAAGCAAUAAUCAAAAUAGAAUAAGGAAUCAGUAUUACUUCCAAAACUUGCAAAAAGCAUUGAAUAAAUAAAAGUUAGGGCCUAAUUAAAAAUACCCUGAUCUAUUCAUACAAUAGCACUGUUAUAAUCAUGGCAAGAAUGUUAAUAAUGUGGAAAAUGUGUUCUAGAAACGGAUAUUCAUAUCGAAGCUGGUAUCUGCAAGGUGCAGAGUAAGUUCUUCUUGAUUAGGCUACUGUUUUCAUCGUCCCAAAACCUAUGACGUUAUUGGAGAUAUCGUGUUAUGAACGAAAUUCUGACUUCCUGCUGUACCUUUCCCUUUGUCUCUCAACCGACACAGCAGUUUUUAUAAGCUGUUUUACGAUGUCGUCCUAAAAUUCGUAGAUAUUUAAAAUUAUUCCGAAGUUUUACUUCUAACGCCAAGUUAUGGUCAGAUACAAACAGCUACUUGAAUUUAACAAUUUCAAUUAUUCGAGUUUUUAAGAAAACAAAAAAAAAUGAGUUAGGAGGUAUUUAAAUGGGCCUGGAUUUAAAAAAAAUGAUUACAACUCUACAUCUGUAUUUAAACCGAGUUUUUAGAUUUUUUGCAUGUAGUGUACAAAAUAAUCCCGGUAGAGAAAUCUAUAAUCUGUAAACUUUAAUCAAUAUUGAUGGUAAAUGUACAAGUUCCAAGACAGUGUAAAAAAUAAAGGCAAAUAUCGA